AUGGCCAAGCAUUUCGUGACGUUACUGUGGGUGUCGGCGGCAUUGACCGCGACCCUGGCAUUGCCGACCAGCGAGAAGAUCAGCGGAAGUGAGAACGAUCUGAUGACGAACAUAUAUGCCGACUGCUUGAAAAAGGAAUCCAUCAACUGCAUCAAGUACAAAGUAUUUACCUUCGUCGACAAGAUGCUGGCUGACAAGGAGGAUAUCACGCUGUCUGAGGGCAUCACCGUUGUUAAAACGUCCAGCGCCGAGGGCGAGGGUGCGCCCAGAUCUAUCGAAUCCAGCGAUUUCGAUACGCUCUUAUUCGAUCGUCUUGGAAGGUUCCUAAGGACGCACUCCGUUAAAGUUGACCUCAAGGGCAGCGAUAUUUUAGGAGCGAUCGAGUCUGCUGGGCGCAGUUUCGAAGACUUUAGCGAUAACGCCGUUGAAAGCCGUGGAAAAAAGAAAAAAGCGCAGAAGAUCUUAGGACCUCUGAUGCUCGCCGUAGCCCUGAAAGCGGCCGCUUUAUUGCCGCUGGCUCUCGGUGCGAUUGCCCUGAUAGCUGGUAAAGCCCUGCUCGUUGGCAAGAUCGCCCUCGUGAUCUCUGCCAUUAUCGGACUGAAGAAGCUCCUCGGCUCUCACCAAAAGCACGUGACCUACGAGGUAGUUUCGCAUCCGCAUCACAGCAGCAGUCACGUUGUCAGCCACGACGACGGUGGCCACGGCGGUGGUGGUUACGGCGGUGGUGGUGACUAUGGUGGUGGAUACGGCAGCAGCGGACACGGAUGGGCCAGAAGUUUACCGCAGGACGCCCAUGAAAUCGCCUAUCGCGCCCACCAACCCCAGGCAUAA